GGAAGUUACGCGAUCUUCAAUUUCUCAUUGUUCAACUUGCUUUUCAUACAUAUUAAUUCUGCAGGAAUAUCAAUCUCGACCAUUAAUCUUUGACGGGAUCGAGGUCGACACUUCUCUGCCAGUUACCUACUAGCUUGGAUUAUACCCAUACAUCGACUAGACUAGAUUUCUUCAAGAUGGCAGCUUGUAAAGUCUGUGAGCAGCCACUUGUGCUGGAGGUGGAAGAUGACGAUGGCAACGAUGAGCAGGAGUUCGUUCCUGAUGACCUGGAAAUUUCCUGUGGCUGCCAUUUUCACUGGCAAUGUCUCCUGGAUCAAGCCGCGGAAUUGGCUAAAUCGCUUAAGUGCCCAUCAUGUGGCGCUGAGAUUUCCACAAACACGAACACAGCAGGACCCUCGACGAGCAAUCCAUCCAUACAAUCAGUACCCGGUGCGGCUAUCUUAACAAGAUAUACCAACGAGGGUGGCGUUCAGGAGAACUACGAUAUUCUCCCUGAAAUCACCGAGGAAGCUUAUAUUGAGGCCAACCCUGAGGUUGUACCCGCUCGUGCCUAUCACGUCAUGUGUAGCAUAGGCGAUAUAGACAGCAUAUUAGCGAUACUGCGUGAUGCUGAGCAGUCGCAGGCAGAGCAGAUGGAAGAACAAGAUCGUGUGUUGAGCGCUGCACAACUCAUUCGUUACCAAGACCCACUAGAAGACUCGAAAAGUGGUUUGCACUUAGCCAUUGAAAAGGGACAAGAGGAGGUUGUGUGGUUGCUUUUAUGGAUAGCGUCUACGCUACCCACCGAAUCAUUCCCAGGACCGGCAGUGCAAGCGGCUCAAGCGAUGGGGAUCCAGCGGCCCAGCACGUUGGUUUCGGAAGAUAUCCGAGCGCUUAAGGAUAACCAAGGCCGGACGGGUGAGGCGGUCGCGGCGCAGAUGGGAGGCCUUUGGACGGCCAUAGUGCAGUCCGGUACCUUACGUCCCGAUUCCUAAAUUCAAUCCAUUCAAAGAUAUCGGGUUACACCAGGUCGCCUCGAUUACUGCAUAGAUCGAAACCUUUAUAUCCAUAAGUCCCCUUUUACCCUUUUUGGGGGCUUGGUCAAUUGUUGGAUAAGUUAAAUCGUGAUAGUCUUCAUGCGGGUGCUCUCUGCAGCGCCGAUCUCAUGAAACAAUGGCUAUUUCCAACCUACCCCUCACCAGCCCUCACCAAAAAUUCCGCCUCCUAUGCAUGUCCCCGAGAUCUACAUACAUAGCGACGUACGUGAUCGCCAAUAACAUAGUCGAAAGAUCUCUGGUAAUCAGAAAUGUGACGAGUCAUUUCUGUCGCUGUUCGCGAUUCUGACGCCAGCACAACGCAACUUGCGAUCGGGAGCGGGAGCAGCAAAAAAAGAAAAGAAAAUGUUACAGUAAGUUUAGCCACCCUAGGGCAGGAUAGGACGAGUCAUUCUCGGCAGAGAUUGCUGUAAAACAAAGCGAAUCCUACAAUGCUACCCAUUUUGCAUGUAUACCCAGUACCUAUUCUUUGCAUAUGUAUGCAAAACCCUGAAUCGGAAG